CGAAUGUGUCACGUUUUACACAUAUUAUGCAGUGCGAUUUUUUACGUAUGCAUCGAAAGAAAUAUCUCUUCGUUUUAAAAAUUCUGAAAACUAAUAGAAUUCAGCAGUGAUUCAGCUAAAUAAUAUUCACAAUAUUACAAUUCGAAACAUAUACCAAAUGUGUAGAAAACAAGUAUAUUUGUGCUGAACAUACUUUUGUCCAGUUAUUCAGAUAUCUUAUAAAUUACCUGUAAAAUAUAAACUAACUGCAUUAAGAGACAUCACGAUGUCUUCCAGGAAACAUCGAGCUGUAAAAAACAUGAUAGCAUUGUUCCUAGCCACAGUAUUUGUAGCACAAAGCUGUGCUCAACAGUUCUUCCCAAUUUACUUGAAGUACCUGAACUUCUCAGCCAUUGAAGUGGGUGUUAUUCGUGCAAGUCAAACUUGGAUAUCCAUGCUAUUAGUACCUGCAUGGUUGUUCAUAGCAAAGCAGCUUCAGUCUGAAAAGUGGAAGAGAUCUGUCAUAUCUGUGAUUCUUAUUGUCAACAUUGCAUUACAUCUUUGCUUAACAUUCAUUCCCUUAUCCAACAUAUUGAAAGAUGUAACUCACUGUCACAGACAUUCAUCAAGUCCUUUAAUGGAAGAACUAGUCACACCUCAUCAUGACAAGCAAUGGGACCAUUUUAAACCAAUACUGCAAGUACCUUCUCAUUCUGUCAAUAUCACAACAAAGAAAUCAACACUUACAAAAGAAGUAACAACAGAAAAUUUAAGUUUACCUCCUACAGAUGGACAUACACCAAGAGCAACAUACCAUGACACUGCAAAACAAGUCAUUGAUAACUCAAAUACUACAACUAACAGUCAUUCCAUAGUGUUGCCAAUCUCUUCAACAAAACAAAAUAAUGUUUUUCUAGACAUCUCAACAGAAAUGCCUAAAAAUAUGACUUUCUUCUCUAAUGUAAAAGUUAUUUCAUCCUCCACAACUGAACCAGCAUUGUUAUCAGUGAUUAUUAGUAAUGUGAGUUUAGUGACUGCAGUUAAGAAUAAGUUGUCAGUCUUGAUUAAUAACCAGUCAAGGCCAGAAAAUAACAAAAACACUUUCACAUCAACAGGGAAUGAAAGAGAACUUAUUCAGAAUCCCAUAUUUAAAGAAAUCAAUUAUUCCAAUGCACACAAGCCAACUGUUAUGAACAUUCCAGUUCAUGGAGAAUCUAAUGAUAUGGUGAACUUUGAAAAUUAUUCUCAAACACUGAUACCCCAGUAUGAAACAGGACAAACCGAUAACAAUAUUAAAGCAAUGUUCACUCUCUUAAACAGAACCCUAUCAAAAGUAUAUUCUAACCACAAUAAAAAACAGUUACAUAAAAAAUUACAUUAUGAGACAGAUAAUAGUAAUGAGGAACAGGAUGACAGCACUGGGCACGUACCCAGUUCAGAGUCGGAGAAUGCAACUGGUCUAAUCAGCACCAAUUAUAAAAUAUGGCAGAAGAAGAGCCAUAAAUCAUGGUCUGAACCACAAAAUGCACAUUUAAAGCAGAAAAUAAAAUACUUUUCACAAGAAUCAGAGGACAGAUAUGUUCCUGUUAUCUCAGAAAGGGGUAAUACUGAUGACACAAUGUUUCAUAAAACAUUGCUUCCAAAGCAUCCAGUCAUUCCUUCAAUUCAGCAUAAAUAUGUAAACAGGUAUUAUGUUCAUGGCAAGGAUUUCAGAAAUAUCUCACAAACAAUACCAGAUUAUUCAAGAACAGUAAAUCUUGAAGAUAUUUCUAACGAUGAACAUCCAACAAACAGGUUGCAAUCAGACAUUGUAAUAAGAAUGAAAGGCUCAACAGAAAGUCCCCCAGAUUCUGAGAAUCAAAUAAAGCCAGCUGGUGUGAGACUCUGGGGAGAUUAUAAAAAUGUUCAACUUCUCAGGCAGUACAAAAGUGGAAUAAAAAUGGAACAAGCAGGGAAAAAGGAAAAUUCCUUGCCCAUAAGAAGAGAGGAGGUGAAAGAGCUGUCAGCAAUAAGAAAUGUGCAGAAAAAUAUGAAGCAAGAGAAAGAGUUUCUUCUUCAUGACAGACAACUGGGGAGAAAACGUGUUUCAAAGUCUGUUACAUCUGAGUCACAAGAGGCACAGCAAUCAAGUACAAAUACACUCAAGAAGUUCACCAGAAAACAUUCAGCACACCACACAAUGAAGCACUGUGAUAAGAGGAGUACAAAAUACAAAAGACAUGAAACUUCACAGUUUUCACCAUACGCUAAGGCACCAAAUUAUAGAGGAACAAAUAAGCCCAUUCCUAAACUAGGAACUAUAAGGAGACCCAUGGUUACAGAUUCUUCAAAACCUAAGUAUUAUGAUAAUAACACAGACCUUGGGGUGGAUAAAGUGAUCAUGCAAUGGUCAAACAAAAGCAUUUCUAUGCAGCUGUGGAACAUCACAACAAACAAACUAUAUGACACAACAUUUAGCACCAUUCUGCUCAUAUCUGUCUUAGCUGGGGUGUUUUCCAAGGCUGUUACAGCAACCAGCAGUCAGUUUUUUCAGCGUGAGGACACUGUGAAAGUUUCGGAACAAAAGCCAAUAACAUCACAAAAUUGUCAUCAGCAAGUCCGUAUCCUUCUGAGCUGGGGACUGUUUGGAUGUCCUCUCUUGGCAGCUUUGGUUCUCGCUACAGAAUGUUCGUUCCAGCCAAGAGUGUUUCUCUUGUUCUCUGCUAGUCUUUUUAUGCUGACUUUGUUGGUGACAUUAUUUCUGCUCCAACUGCCAGGAAAAAACUGGGACUGGAAACAAAGUUAUGAAAACGAGGGAAAGCAAAGUCACUCCUUAUCACUGCAGAGGUUUGGCUAUUAUAUUUCAAUAUUUUUCACUGGCUUUGUCAUGGCUUGCAACUCGGAGUUCAUUCUGUGGCACAUCGAAACUCUGCAUGGUUUCCCAUAUAAUUACCAACUACUCUACUGUAGUUAUGUUGCCUUUGGGACAUUAGUUCAAGCCCUAGUGAGAUCAUGGCUGCAGCAGAGACAACUACAUGUUCUGGUAAAUGUUCAGGACAGUACAAAUCUUGGAAACCAUAAUGCUGGCAGUGCAGCUGUGGAUGGACUCUGGAGUAUUGGCACUAUUCUGCUUGGUCUUCACUUCUUGGCUGCCUCUUUGCUGCAUCCAGCAUGGACUUUAGUUUCCCUAGGGAUUCUACAGGGUUGCAGUGCUGCACUUUUAUUCACUACAACUACUUCUGGUUGGUGGGCAGUGGGCUAUGGUCUAGGAAGUCUGGUUGGAGGAUUUGUGGUUCAAGCUCAUGGUGCAGACUGGUUGUUCUGGAUGAUGGCAUGCAGCAUAUUUGUCUGGAGUACUAUGGUCACGCUGUGUAGAGGGAUGAUGAAAUGUAUCAGGGGCUAUGAGAGACAGCAAGCAUCGUACAGUCAACUGCUGCUGCCAGAAGAAGGUGACUCUGAUGAUGAGGAAGUGACAGUGUAUGAAAGUGAGGACUGGCUGGAAAAGGCCCUACUAAAGGAGGAGCAACAGGAAACUCAGAGACGGAGGAUUAUGUCCUGUCCGACCUAGCAGCACUCCAAGUAAAUCAUCUAAAUUGUAUCAUAAGCACUGUCUCAUCAAUGGCAGAAUCUUGUGACCAUGAUGGUGCCUAAAAACCAUCACUUUUAAUGUUAAGUACUUUCAAGACCGUUAUGAGAAUUAAUAUGGUGUGUACGAGUAUGUCUGCCUAGUAGUCUGUAUCUCAUAUCAAUCCUGGAGUCUAUAUAUUGUUUUAUACGCUGCAGUGUAUGCUUUUACACCACAAAAAAUAUUAAUUUGUGUACCUUAAGUUUACAACUGUAAACAAUUCACAUCAUAAUCAUAAAAUUACAGAUCUCCAUCUUCAGAUUUACAGCCUAAAGCUGAAACCAAGAAUUGCAAUACCCAAGAUGAAUAUUCCCAUAGUUCUGUCAAGUCUCUGCAAAGAAGUGGUGGUGUAUGUAUUAACAAUAUCUCUUCAGUGGGUGAGUGAGAAGAUGACUAUCUUCUUGAAUGUCACACCACAUAAUUUGUUAGAUGUUGCCUCCAUCAUACCUGAUGAUGGAAGCAGUAGGCUCCUCUGAAACAUCAGUCAAUAUCUACCAAACUACACAGUGCAACGUACCAGAAGACAGCCAUAAUAAGAUCUUUACUACUUCCUUUCCACUCUAAACUGGUCACCCUACAGUCUAUAAAUACUUCCAAAACCUUCAUGAACAUGUUUACAGUUUCAAAAAUAAAUACAUCAAAACCAGCUCAUUGCCAGAUGUCUUCUACCAAACAGCAGAGUCUUAAAUUAUUGAAACAAUGAACCAAUGAAUUUAAAUUAAAACUUUUGUUUUAAGUGACUCAGAAAAAAGGAAUGAAUAAGGUGUAUAUCUCCUCAGGAUCAAAAGUUGGUCAGUUAAAUUGUCAGCAUUCUUAUACACGUUUAGCUUACUCCACACACACUCUCUCAAGUCACUAAUUCACAAAUCAAAUCAUUACCUUAACUAAACAAACUGAAUUUAUUUUAUCUCUACAGAAAGACUGUAUGAUCUAAAACCAAUCAUUUUAAUAACAUAGACACUGACCAAGCAUAUCAUCCCUUGUGAACCAGAUCUGUGAACAUUGCAGACAACCCUUACACCAAUGGUUACCAUGCCUGAAAUAAAUUAUUUCUACAUUAUAUCUGAGAAGUGACAGCCAACCAACUUGGUAGACUUCUGUUCUAUAGAUGUUUGAUUGUUAUGGUUACACUGUUCUCUUGCAGUUAUUCAGUGGCAUAAUGCUGCUGCUACUGCACGUUUUACUGAAACCCCAAAGCUCUGUAAUUAGUCUGACAUAAAAUAAUGCUAUGGCUACCAAAGAUUCUUUUUUAGUGUUUAUUGUGUCCCCUUGUAAGUUCAGAAUAGUUGUAUUAUCCAUCAUACAGCUUUAGAAUGAUUUUACAGGCUAAAAAUAACACACACAUACUGCAGUUCUACACUGCUGUUAUGAUAGUUUAAAGCAAGUAUUGUAAUUGCCAUACAAUAAAAGAGUUUUGUCUCUGCCUUGCAUCUAUUAUUUGUACACAGGUCAAUGAGAAAUUAAUCAAUUUUGAGAAAUUAUUAAUAUGGUAGCAAACUGUUUUGCUUCAAAUCUUAUGGCAUAACCCAUUUUAUCAUUUCUUCCUUCAGUCCUCUAUUGCAGCCCUCGAUGCAGAAUCUCCAAUGAAAGUAUGAACUUGCAUUUUUCAUAACUGGCUAUGAUGUAAGGCUGACAAUAGAUCUCUUAAAGUACAUUUGUGCCUUUACUUAUAUGACAAAAGCCAUACAUAUUAUGUUACAUAGACUUUGUAAAUGCUCCAAAAUAUUCAAUGAAACAUUACUUUAAUAGUGUUUGCCAACUGCUAACGUGUAUAUAUCUUUUUUAUAAACAUUAAUUUUUAACUUUGUAUACACCAGUGUAUAAUUUUAAGCAUUGUAAUGAAUAGAAUUAAAUUUUCUGUAAAAAAAUAUGUUUAAGAGUUUGGAGUAGUUAUUAUAUAGACAUUUCUGUGUAUUCAAUUUUAAAGUAACAUUUUAUUCAAUAAAUCUAACAUGAAAAAUGGAAAGAUCAAAUAUACUGGCUAUGCCUUCAAAUUCAAGGGAAAUAAAUCUCAGCAGUUUACAAUGUAGUUGAGCAACAGGUGGUGAUGGCAUGAAUUACUUUGUCCUUA